ACGAAGGAAAAAGAGAAAGCUAUCGAGGAUAAUCGCCCCUGGGAAUGUUGAGGGAGCUGCUCGUCGUUGCAGGCGCGUCCAGUCAAGAGGGUCCGGGUUACUUGAAGCGCGCCAACAGCGAACGUCUUCAUGAAAUUUUCAACCAGUAUGCCACACAAGAGAAGAAUGGAGAACGGUUCAUGACCUCUAAUGACUUCGUACGCAGCUACCUCGGCCUCUACAUCGACCCGGGCUACAACCCCGAGUCGGUCGCCCUUCUCGCAGGGAUCGUUGAUACCGACAAAGAUGGAUUCAUUUCCUUUUCGGAGUUCCAAGCCUUUGAGGGCCUGCUCUGCGUGCCCGAUGCUCUCUACAAGACGGCCUUCCAGCUCUUCGACACUAACGGAAACGGGAUGGUUGCAUUUGACGAGUUCGCUGAGGUGAUGCGUAAAACUGUGCUGCACCAAAAGAUGCCCUUCAACAUGAACAGCGGCUUCAUCGAGCUCUACUUCGGCAAGGACAAGAAGAGACUGAUCAACUAUGCGGAGUUCAGCCAGUUUCUUCACGACUUUCACGAAGAGUACGCGACAGAGGCCUUCAAAAAAUUCGACAAGGAUGGCACGGGUUUCAUCUCGGUAGCAGACUUCCACGACAUCAUGCUCAGCAUCAAGAGCCACCUGCUGACGAAGGACGUCAGGGAUAAUCUUUUGUCGGUCACAAAAGGUCAUUACUGAAAAGUCAGUUUUCCGUACUUCAUGGCCUUUAACUCGCUGUUGCAUAACAUGGAGCUCAUCAAGCGAAUCUACCUGAACGCGACCAAUGGACACAGGUAUCAGGAGGUCACAAAAGAGGAGUUUUUGCACUCCGCGCAAAUGAUGUCUCAAAUAACGCCACUGGAGGUCGACAUUCUCUUCCACCUUUGCGAUCUUUUGCAUCAUACUGGAAAAAUCAUUUACAAUGACCUGAUUGCCAUUACACCUGAGCAGUAUUUCAAACAGAUCACCAACCGACUAGCAGAAAUCAAAGCUGUAUCGAGUCCGGAAGAAAGAGGAGUCGUCGUGCAAAUUUUAGAAAGCGGGUAUCGGUUCGCCCUUGGUUCCGUUGCCGGAGCUGUCGGUGCUACUGCGGUCUAUCCAAUCGAUUUGGUCAAGACGCGCAUGCAGAACCAGCGCACGGGUUCCUUCAUCGGUGAGCUCAUGUACAAAAACAGCUUCGAUUGUUGCAAAAAAGUCAUCCGUCACGAAGGUUUCUUUGGCCUGUACAGAGGUCUAGUGCCGCAAUUGAUGGGCGUAGCGCCAGAGAAGGCCAUUAAACUCACGGUCAAUGACUUCGUGCGUGACAAGUUCAUGGACAAGAAGGGCAGCAUUCAGCUCUAUGCCGAAAUCCUCUCGGGGGCAUCGGCUGGUGCGUCUCAAGUUAUCUUCACCAAUCCCCUCGAGAUCGUUAAAAUUAGAUUGCAGGUGGCCGGUGAGAUAGCCGGGGGCUCAAAGGUCCGAGCUUGGGCUGUGGUCAAGGAGCUAGGACUUUUCGGACUGUACAAAGGCGCAAGAGCUUGUCUGCUGCGAGACGUGCCAUUUAGUGCCAUCUACUUCCCCUUUUACGCGCAUAUAAAAACGAAAUUUGCUGACGAGGGUGGAUACAACACUCCACUGUCGCUCCUCUGCGCCGGUGCCAUUGCCGGCGUCCCGGCCGCCGGUUUGGUGACCCCGGCUGACGUCAUAAAAACGAGAUUGCAGGUCGUCGCGAGAGAGGGCCAAACGACGUACAACGGAUUGGUUGAUUGUGCACGAAAAAUUUACAAGGAGGAGGGAGCAAGAGCAUUUUGGAAGGGAGCGACAGCUCGAGUAUUUAGAUCGUCACCGCAAUUUGGUGUCACGUUAUUCAGCUACGAGCUGCUGCAAAGGCUGUUCUUCGUCGAUUUUGGAGGAUCACGACCGGCCGGCUCAGAAAACAAGGUACCAGCCACGGGUGUGGCCGAUGAGAUGCGCUCGACGAAUCCGGACCACAUAGGCGGCUACCAAGUUGCCCUGCCGAUAUUCGCAGGCAUCGAGAGUAAGUUCGGUCUCUACUUGCCCAGGUUCUCAGUCCAAUCAGUUCAAAAACCAUAACAGCGAAGCAGCUGGUGGUUUUUUCGCAAGGACGACCGACCAAGCGACUCCUAAUCAUGUGUACAAAAAGGCAGUGUGGGAAUCCCAUUGUUGGCUAUACAAUAAAUGAGGAAAAAAAUGCGAAAAAAACAAUAAAAAAAAAAAAGAAAGCUAAUAAAUAAAACAAACAUUCAUGUAUUAUCGUACGAUACUGUCUACUUCACGGCUGAGGUGUGUUAUUUGUUGGUUAUGUCGUGAUUGUCCAAUCGAGGGAAAGAUACGUGUCAACAAGGCAUCGUUGAACAAUUUUUGUUCGCGAUAAUACCAGAAGAAAAAUUUGGGAUAACCUCUUGAAACUGUGAAAAAGAAAUCGUCCUCGAUCGAGUAAUACGAUCUAUUUGUAUAAAAUAAUGUAGCCAAUUGCGUGCGCAUGAGGUUACGUAUACCUACGCCGAUCGCGCACAUCUCAUCCGUCGUAAUUUUUAUGUUAAAAAAAAAAAAUACGAAAAAUAGAAGAGAUAAAUUCAUACAUACAAAUUUAAUGAAGACUCGCCAUCUCUUUAUACAUAGAUAGUUAGAUAGAUAAAAUAUACGUAUAUUUAUAACUAUUGAAGAAAAAAUAAAUAUAAACUCGUUACCUCCCCAUUUGUACAUAUGUAUAAUGCGAGAAUUAUUAAAAUCACAUCAUAAAGCGUGAGUCUGUAUGUAAGAGAACUAAUAAUUGUUAUUAAGAAAAUGAGCUGGAAAAAGCGCACAUUUUAGUUGUGACAUAGACGGACGCUUUGCGACCAAAGAGAUGUAGAAGAUUAUAAAAAAAUUUUAAAAAUCAAAGAAAGAAACUUAUUGUUUGUCGGGGACGAUGUUUUUAUCUUGUACAUGUAUGUUGAAUAAAUAUAGUAUAAUGUUGAUGGGCGCGUGUUCUGAUUGCAUAAUAUUUUCACACGCCUGAUUGCAAAGCUGGUUCUUUUCUCUCUUAUAAAACCUAUACCAUCGGUUGUGCAAUUUUAUUUUCUGAAUUUUAAACAGUUGGUACACGUUUUUCACUGUAUGCAAGAAAUCAUAUUGCGAUUAAGCGUCUUUUCGAGAAGUUAGGUUUUUCCUUUUGAUGAAAUCACUACGAAAAAUUAACAGGAGGGAUCAGAGUUCACUUCAAAUGAAAGUUCAACUUCUCAAACUCCAUUUCAGUCAUUAAAAACAAGAUUUAUUAAAAUCAACUGCAAAACGUUGUAUGCGAGUACGAAAAAA